AUGCACUCGGUUUUGUUAAACGCGACGUCCAGGGCAAAACCGUUCGCCCCGUUUGAGGAGAAUGAGACGAGCACCAAGGAGAGGACCUGGAAAAGAGAAGAGAUCGUCGUCAUCUUCGUCGUUCUUCCUUUCUUUCAACCUUGUAAAGCGGUUUCAACUUUGGGGAGAAAUCGAAUCGAAUGUUCCUCAAAACACAUCUUCAUCUUUCCUAAAAACAUGUCAAUCGAUCACAGAGGAGGAGGAGGAGUGCUCAAUCAUGAACAACCUCAUUCGAGCUCUUUUUUAUCCUUGUUCAAGUCAGCUUUGUACGUCUGGCACUCGUUCGUCCGAUGCGUCGGCGUGUACGCGUUCGUCCAAAUCGGGAAAACGAUCGUUAUUUAUAAGAAGAAGUACCCGUAUAAAAGAGUCGUUCGAGGAUGGGUUCCGUGGAGCGGAAGCGAGCACGCGGAGGACGUUUUAGUCGUCGAUUGCACGCACGCGAAGAACAAAACGAUCACGCAUCACAAAGGGUCCUCGACGCCGAGAGAGGUGAAAGUUGGGGACACGAGCACGGAGAAUGUAUUACACGCGAUAAAGACGAGGCAUCGAUUUACGACCAAGAGAGGGAAGGUGUCGAGAGUUACGUGCGACCAUUUCGAUAUCGACGGGUUGAUUUCCGUGUUUAGCGUGUUACAUCCGAACGAUGCGGUGAAAUAUGAGGAGAUUUUAGUGGAAGCGGCGAGGAUUGGGGAUUUUAGAGAGUUUGAACACGUGAACGUCGUCGCGCCGGCGAGCGUGAAAGCGUUGCGUUUGUGUUCGUAUAUCAAUCAAGUGGAGAAGGAGAGGUUUAAUUUACCGUUCGUUGGAGACGAAAAAGAGAACUGUUUGUUGAAGUACAAACACUUUCUAGAAUAUUUUAAAGGGUACGUGGUCGCGUGCGGAACGUGCGACGUUGAUAGAAUCCACGAAGAGUUUGAGUUGACGAUGGAAGGCGAGGAGGAGUUUUCGAAGGUGUUGAGAGACGCGAAAUUGGUUCGGGAACAUAAAAAUGACAUCACGAAGUGGUUUGAAGUAUCGACGACGGUGGUAAAGUUACCGAAGCCGGUACACUAUUACGCUUUGUUCGGAGCUACGGUUGGGACAGACACGUGCAUCGCAAUCUACGACGGUAAGCGAUACGAAGUCGAACACAAGUACACGACUUUCGUGGACGUUCAAAGCCGAGAGACGCAACCGAGACUCGAUUUAACGCAUUUGGCGAAAACUCUGAAUGCUUUAGAAGAAGACGAUGGGAUCAAAAGGAAUUUCAAGUGGGAAGUCGCUGGCGUCACCGAUACCGGUCCACUCUUGCGUCUCCACGACCUCUCCGCUUCGGCUCGCUUAACCAAAGCGGAACGGUAUCAACACCCAGACCAACGCAAAAUCAACCCGUCCUCGAUACCGCAAUCCGCCUUUCUCGAAACCGUGAAAAGCUACUUAACCUUCGGUCAGAAAGAAAUGGCGCGAUACGCAAAAAUCAACCCUCUCGCCGGUCGUGAAGUCGAUUGCGUCGGCGACGGAAGCGGGUACCUCCGAGGCAAAAAUUGGACGUGGAAGGAAACGCAAACGUUAAACGCGAACGUGGAUUGGAGCGCGUGGGACCGAGAACGAACUUCUGCUUAG